AUGUAUGUUCGGGUAAAUGGGAAACUGGCUAAAUAUGUAGUUUUUGUGAUUUAGCAUUUGCUGAGUUAAAUGUUGAAUAGCUUUUGUUGAGCCACUUUAUGGUCUUUGUUUUCUAACUUGUUACUUCUUUUUUUCUAACGAUCAAACAUGCGCGGGUGAUCAAACAUGCACGGGUGAUGAAUAUAAAGAAAUGGACAAACCUAAACUUUCAUUAAUUUUUUAAUGAAUUAUUUUUUUAUUCUUCUGCAGGUGGAUGCCAUUUUGGAUAAGGAAAAUGUUAACUUGGAAGAGCUUCUUGAUGAAGAAGAAACAAUCCAAGAAUGCAAAGCUUUAAACUCUCGUCUCAUUAAUUUGUAAGAUAUUUUUCUAUGCCAUUUCAUGUUGUCUCGGCUUUGAUAAAAGUGCACUGAUUUAUUUGUAAUUUCAAAAGAACAUGGCAAAUUUAAUCUGCCUGAUUUUUAUCUUUUUCGAGGGAUGCAAGACUGCCCUUAUUAUCCCUCUUUUUUUUUUCCCUCAUUGGAGGAUAACAAAGACUUGUCUGGGAAAGAUACAACCUGUGUCAUUUUGCAGGUCUAAUCUGUUUUUGAGACGAUACAAUUCUGAACUUAGUAUUGUCUCUUAUGCAAGUUUCCAACAUUUUCAGUCUUCGUGAUAGAGCUCAGGUAGAGCAGCUGCUUCAGUAUAUCGUGUGUGAUACUUCAGAAGAUACUGAUGGUCGACGCGCAUUCAAGUAAGUCACUCUGAUUUUAUUUCCUUUCAGUUAAUCAUCUACUUACAGAUUUUCGUAUUACUCAAAAAAUUAGUUGGCCAUUUCUGACAUUAAUUCUAAUGUGAAUUUUUGCUUUAUGUUAGGUUCCCCUUCAUUGCAUGUGAGAUAUUUACCUGUGAGAUUGAUGUAAUCUUGAGGACAUUGGUCGAGGAUGAGGAAGUAUGUGUUUUAAUUAAAGUUCUGAAACAUUGCUACUAUAAGUUUUUUCCCGCAAUUUUGGAUGAGGAAUGCGGUUUUUUUUGGCUUGUCUGAAGUCUUUGACUAGUCUGUGAUUAGUUAUUGGAGCAAGUGCGUAAUUUGUCUAGUUUUCUCAGUGGACUCGACACUCUUCUUUUUUUUUGUCUUAAUUGGCUCUAUCAUUUGCUUUGAUGUACCUGUGCUCUUUUUUUUGGGGGGUGGGGGAUGGGUUGGGGGGGUGUUUAGAUUGAGGCCCUUUCAAAGUUUUGAUGGCGGGAUAAAUAUUUAUGCUGAUGAAAGUUCGAAUAUUGUUUUUGGCUGGUAGAGUUUUGUCUUCUCCUAAUGUUUUCAUUUGUUAUCUGUAAUUUGGUGCCAUCCUCCUAUCUCAUAUCUGUAAUAUUGUUGUUGCAGCUCAUGAACUUGCUUUUUUCAUUUUUGGAUCCGAGCCGUCCUCACAGCUCUCUAUUGGCUGGCUACUUUAGCAAGGUAUGGUUUCUUCAAUUGUGUGUAGAUAGAGUUUCAUUUCAGGGCUCAAUAGUUAUUUCUGAUUUACUCAUGACUAAGCUUUGUAUUAGGUGGUUGUUUGCUUGAUGUUGCGGAAGACUAAACCUUUUAUGAGCUAUAUUCAAGUGAGUUGUUCUUUUAUUAUCCCUCGUCUUUUAUUAUCACGACGAAGGGAUUAAGUUAUGUUGAUACUGCUGUCCCCUCAGUAUUAUCGCACACCAGAGGCUGACAACAAGAUUUUGCUUUUCUUUCAUGGAGAUCCCAUUUGUGAAUAAUCUUCUAUCUACAUUAGUAUAUUUCUUUGGCUUCAUCAUUACUUUAAGUUGCUUGUAGUCAGCCUUUGGUGUGCUUGUUAUCAACCUUAAUCUGUCUUUCUUCUUUACUCUGAUGACUCGGUGAUUUAUAGGUUUAAAAGAUUACUAAGUCAGCGAUUUCUUUUUUUCUAAAUAUAUCUCUAGUUUCCUAUCAUGGUCGAACCUGCAACUUAGAUUCUAAGUGUACAUCCAUCCACGGUUUUAUUUUUCUAUCAUGCUAUAUAUAGUGAAAACAGAUGUAAUGGAUGAAUGCUACAUUAACUCUACUAGUGUUGUAGUUUUAUGUAUCCCAGUCUGCAAAAGAGGAAUUUUUUUCCCAUAUUUAGGAGUAAACUUUAUUCUUGUAAAAGUUUGGAGAUCUAAUAAACUUUCAUCCACCCUGGUUUCCAUUAAUCAGUUGAUAGCAGUCAAAGAUAAUUCUGGUCAUUCUUAUUGACAAAUAUGAUUUUUCACAUGUUUGGAAAUUAUUGUGAUUUUUCUCUCAAUAAAUCUGAAUUUAUUGUUUUAUUUUUUAAAUAUUUUCGUUAAAUUAUUAAUUGGGACACUUUCAGGCACACGAUUAUAUCCUCGAACAACUAAUUGAUUCAAUAGGGGUAAAGUCAAUUAUGGAGGUCUGUAUAUCUAAUUCAGUGAAUAGAAUGCGUCCAUGUGCUGCACAUUCCAUGCAAUCAUGCCAAUUGAUUUGAGCUCCCCCACCCCCCUUCUCUUACAACCAGGUACUUGUCCGGAUUGUUGGUGCUGAUGUCCACAUGUAUCCAAAUUUUAAUGAGGCCAUGCAGUGGCUAGCCGAAAGCAACCUGCUUGAAAUGCUAGUGGAUAAGCUAAGUCCCAAGGUAAGACUGCUUCUAAUCUUUAAAAAGUAAUCUUAGUAUGAGAUACUUUUGGUUGGACACAGAGAGUGCUGUAUCCUUCGCUCCUGUACCUCGUCAUUCUGCAACUUGAUUUCAUUCGACUGUAGCUUGGUUGAUAAGAAAAAAAACCAAGGCCAUUAACUUCCUUUUGGUUUAUGGACAGGCUGUGGGAAAUAGAGCGCUAAUUAUGUAAUUUCCUACUUUAAUGACUGAUUUUCUGUCUAAUUUACUGUAUGCGUCAAUCAGAGUCCACCUGAAGUUCAUGCUAAUGCAGCGGAAGUCAUCUGGGUCAUCAGUCGCAAUGCUCCAUCACCUUUAGCAACUAAACUUUCUAGUCCAAGGUCACUUUUAUCGUUUUCUAAGCUUGUCAUUCAAUGAUCCUUAUGUUUCCUUUCUUUUUCAUUGAAUGUUAUUUUUUUUCGUGGCUUACUUAAAUUUCCUUUUCUUGCAGCCUUGUUUCGAGGGUAUUUGAUUUUGCGUUGGAAGAUUCGGAGUUUAAAUCUUCCCUUGUCCACUCCCUCUCUGUUAUAAUAUCCAUAUUGGAUCCCAAACGAUCCCUGUCGACUGCUUUAGUUUAUUCGAUUAGAAGUCAACAUUUAUAUGAACCACAUAUUCCUGUUGAUUUGAAGACUAUUACUGUUGUGCUAUCAAAGCUUGGUAAGUUGUUGACUGAGAAUGGUUUUCUAUUGAAGAGUUGGCGUUUUACAGUGUAAUUUUAGUGCGGAUUGGUGAAAAUAUUUCCGUUUGUGCUUAUUCCUUUCUUCCUUGGUACACAAAUCAUUACGGGUAGUAAAACCAAUUGUUGCUUGGUAAAAAUGUUUUGAUGAAUCAUGUGUGUAACGAUUAAACAUAAGAUAAGUUCUGGAUUGAACCCUCUUUCAGAAACCUUUACUCUUUUGUAAUUCUCCGGAACAAAGAGGAGAUUUCUGGCCCAAAAUUGGCUCAGUUCAUGUCAAAGCAUGCUUAGGAUCAUGCUACCUGCUAUAUUCUGAUCAAUUUCUUUAUUAAAGGCAUCUGAAUCGUUUUUUAGGAAUUUCUGCCAAUUUGACUCCUACCGUGCUUCUUUUUCUGGUGAAUGUGUUUUUCUUUGGAUGUAGUUUACUCUAUGGGUGACUUAUUUAUCACGCACCUCUUCGCUUGAAUUUCCUUCGGAAACUGCUAAAACGAGAAUGUCUCGCCGACAGUUUACCUUGCGUGUAAAGAUUCUAAUGUGUUGAAUAUACCUAUUUGACAAUGUCUAAAUCCCAUAGAAUCAAUAUCUGCAUCAUGGCGAAGCGCAGUGGGUCUAGAGUGAUUGAUAUUCUUUAUGGGUUGUGGCCAAUAAAUGCUGCUUGGUUUCCUUGAACCAUUUUCCUUUUCUGUGUUUUUUGUAGUUUUACUGAAAACUCAAUGCUGUUUGGGAUAGAAUUUUCCUCUGAUAAUCAAAAUGACUUCUUGCGUAUUUGAUGGACAUUGUUUUCUUGUAUUGGUAAAAAUUUUAAAGGCCAAGCUCACCCUUUAAUGAGAUACACCAUGAUGAUAAAGUUUGAAAAUUUUAGGAGUAGACUACAAUGUGUGCACCCUUCUGAGAUAUUUGCAACUUGUGGUGUGCCAAUUGCAGGAGCAAAGUCUAUUUGUGACGUUAACAACCCUGCUUUGCUGAAAAUUUUAUUUUUAUCUUUCUCGGGAAAGAAUCUGUGCAAUAUUUCUUAAUAUGUUCAAAUUUAUUAGUGUAUACAUGUUGUGAAAACUGUGCAAAACUCGAUAAUGUCAUAAUUUGCUGCAAUUCAAUGGUAUCUAAUUUUUAGGGACUUGCAUGUUGUUUAUUUAAUUUUUUAUUUGGGUAAUUUUAAUCAUUUUGAUGUUGUAGAUCAUUUGCUUUCACUUUUGAAUACAUCAUCAAAUGAACGCACUCUUCCUACAACUUAUGGUGAGUUGCGCCCGCCACUUGGGAGACACCGACUGAAAGUAAGCUAGCUUCGAACUUAUUCUAUUCAAUAUGCUUCCACGUGUUAACUAGCUAUGAUGUUGUUCGUAGGGAGAUGCAUUUCUGGCUGUAUAUUUUGUUCAAAUACAACGAAACGGAUACUUUUGCUGAAAACCCUUCUUUUUCUGCUUUUCCUUGUCUCCCUUGAUUGUACGCAAAUGCAAUAUUCUGUUGACUUAAUUUUAUAGUAGAUAUGUAGGGAGUAUGUUAAGUUUCCUUUUCAUUUUUUCCUUGGUUUUGCUGGAUUUAGAUUACAUUAGUAAGUAUUUUUUCGGCUUGAAAAGGAAAGCAUGAGUGGAGGAAGGAUAAUUAUAUGAUUUUUUUUUGUAGUUUCUUAGGUAUUUUUCCUUAUUAUUUAAUCUUUUUACAUACAUGUCUGUGGUUUGAUUUUAUUCCUUUAUUGUUUGUUUUCUCAAAAUUUUGAAUUACACAGUUUUUGUCCUCUAACUAUUCCUUUUUUCAUAGACUUGUUUUUGAUCGAUCUUGAAUCUUUUUCUUUCACUUUUGCAUAAUGAUCUAGGCCAUGGGUAAUCAUGGUCAACCCUGAAAUCUCUAUGCUUUGAUCAUACGGCCUGUUUUAUUGGUAUUGAUUCAUACUGUGUUCCUAUGAUAAUAUAUCCUGCACAUUAUUCUUGUCUAAGUUCUGUGAUAUAAUUGCAGAUUGUGGAGUUCAUAACAGUGCUACUAGGCACCGGUCAUGAAGCUGCUUAUAGAGCACUGAUUGAGUCGGGUGCAAUCCAGAGGGUCAUAGACCUCUUUUUUCUGUGAGUCUUGUUUUUAAAUUCAAGCUUAUGGAUAAAAAAUAUAAUUACUGACUUCUGAUUAUUGUCAUUGCAAUCAUUGUAGGUAUCCCUUCAAUAAUGCACUCCACCAUCACGUUGAAAAUGUCAUAACAUCAUGCCUGCUGAGUACCGAUAAUGCUGUUAUUGAUCAUCUGUUCUGCGAAUGCAAUAUAAUUAGAAAAUUUCUUCAGGCAGAUAAAUUUCCCGUACUUAACGGUGAUUCAGCUGCGGUGAAUGUACGUCCUAUGACAUUCUUUCUUUCGUUGUUCAGAUUUGGUUUUGUCUAUUUCCGUUUCCAGGUAUUUGAAAGUGAAAGGAACAGGGAUCUGAUGAAGCUUUAUUUUAUUUUUUCCUUCAGCAUCCAACUUUAUCUGCUUCUGGAAGGAACUCACCUCGGUCAGGCAACAUUGGCCAUAUCACGAGAAUCGCUAACAAGCUUGUUCAACUAAGCAGUAGAAAUGAUCAAAUUCAGUCGUACUUACAGGUUUAUAAUUACCUCCUUGCACUUUUGUGGAAGUUUCUUCGGUUUUUUUGUUUUAGUGCCCAUGUGAUGCAAACCAUAGUGAGGAAAUCCUUGCAAUCUAGUUUAAGGUGGUGUCUAAUUUUCUGUCUAGCUAUUGCUUCUGUCUAAUUUUACGUGGUGUACGACUUUUUGUUUAAGCCGCUGAUUGUUUUUGUCUUAACUUCUGUACAUAGGUAAGAUAGGACUCCUUGCAUCAAUUGUAGGCAAUUAUAUUGCUUAUAUCACGUCCGGAAUCAUAAAUGUUUCGUUCGGAGGAGGCUGCGAUUCUGGCUUUUGAGACAUGCUAUUUAUGUUAGGACCCUGGGGGAGGACAGAAUAUUAGAAGCAUCGAACCUGCUGUACUCAUUUUCAUUCUUAAUUUGUUAUAGGUUUGGUGUUGACUCCGUUGGUUUCUCAUUUUUUAAGCGAUCUAACAGUACCCAUUUGUAGAUAAGUAUCCGUUCAGACACAUUUAAGUUGCUGAAGAUGCUUGAAAGGAUGUUUAUUUCUGGAGGUUUUUCUGGGUAUCCAGCUUACACUUCUUUUGAUAUUAACAGUUUCUUCUCCUGUAUUUUUACAGGAAAAUGAUGAAUGGGUUGAUUGGCAAAGAAAUGUUCUUCAUGAACGCAAUGCUGUGGAAAAUGUCUACAGAUGGGCAUGCGGGUAUGCACCAGUUUUCAAUUGAUGUUCCUUGGUUCUCUUCUAUUGUUAUUUUCUAUGUAGAAUCUCCAUCAAAAAUUUCCAUCGCUUUGGAUGGUCAAUGGCUUUGUAGAAUUGGCGACUGCUCACUGAAAAACAUUCUUUUGGCAUCCACUUUUAAACUGUCUAUUGAAUUUCUUUCUUUAUGGGGAGAGGAACACUGUGCUUAGUUAAGCGAAUGAAAGGUGUGUCAAUUUUGGAGAUGAUCGGCUAUGUUUCAUAAAUGGGUGCAUACAAGGAGCACCGGUGUUUUUCUUUGUCAUCAGGUUGAAUGGCAUUUAUUGCCUCAGGUCCAUAGAAACAUUCCAAUGCUCAUUUUUGGCUUCUGGCUACAAUCUUGUUUUGCUGGACAAAUAAUCAGCAAUUGUUUUGGUCUGUUGUCGAUUAACGUACUUUUUGAAAAUUUUCUCUGAAACCUCUUUCUCCUUGUAGCCGUCCAAGCGCCAUGCAGGAAAAGAUGAGGGAUAGUGACGAUGAUGAGUCCCAUGACAGGGAUUACGAUGUUGCUGGCCUGGCCAACUUCAGCAAUGCCUUCAGAUAUAACAUCUAUGGGAACGAUGAUGUGGAUGAGGUAUGCAAGGAAAAGCCCAUGCCAAAUGAUGAGGAACUCUGUUGUUGAGAUGCACGGAAAACUCAAUUUUAGUCUUGGUCAUUUGAGGGGCAUUCUUCUGGUAUUUUUGUCGUCACUAUCGAUUACUAGUAGUAGAUAAUCAGUAAGAAUGACUCCUGGUUCCUAGACUGCGCUUAUUACCUCGAAGGAGAGACUUGUGAUGUUAGGUUCCGGUGGGCGUCAAGGGUAUCUUUAAAUUGCCAUUUUUUUCUUUUCUUUUUUUUUAUUCUUCUGGAAGCUCCGUGUAUCUGAUUUACCUCUGCUUGCUUCCUACCUUGCAGGUCCAGGGAUCUCUUGACCAUGAUGAGGUAAGGGCAUAUUUAUAUAUUGUAAUGGUUUUGUUAUGAAUUGCUUUUUAUGCAAUCGUACAAUAUGCAUAUAAAACUUGUGGUAGACAUCACAAAGGUGAGAAGAAGUAUCUGACCUGAGACCUGUGACUGGAUGUAAUUAUCAAUACCCUUAUUCGAAAUGGAGUCCGGAUGACCUGUGACAUCAUAAAGGUUGGAUUUUUGGAGCUAGAAAAUGCAGCACGUGAUAGUUUUCUACUGUGCAUGCGCCCAUGCCGUCAAGGGUGGAUGAGAUCCUCAAUGGCUUUUUUUGUACUCGUUACCUGAUAUGAACACAAAAGUUCACUUGCUGCAUUGCACUACUAUAAUUUUCCGUUUGUUUUCGCAUGUGGUUGCGAGAGACUUUUUUUUUUUUGCCUUUUAGCGGCGUGUAGAGACUACAAGUGUAAAUUUAAAUACGAUUUGUGUUUCAUAAAAUAUCUCCAGGAAAUCAACCUAGCAUGAGCCGGAACCAUCUAAACAUGAAUUUCCAGAAAAAUCUUUCAGGUCGCGUUGCUUCAAUUAAGCAUCUUUUCCUGUACGCAUAUCCGGGGAGCAUAGACUGGUACCAUUUCAGUCGUCUUUCCCCAUCCAUAAUCACAUCUAACCAGAGUCUUUUCCGUUGUCUUAUGAUCAUGAAUUGUUUUUUAAAAACUUUUGGGAGACGUUACAAGCAGACUUGUUGAUUUAUUUUUACACCCAGAGCGAAUGUGGAGCAUGAAUGAAUGAUAAAGGUUGUAGUUGUGUUCGGAGAACUGUUUUAGUAUCAUGUUGAUCCUCCUGAAAUGGUUUUGCCUCGCAGGAUGUGUACUUCGAUGACGAAUCUGCCGAGGUUGUCAUCUCGUCUUUGAGGCUCGGGGAUGAUCAAGAUAGGUGCUUACUUCUUGACUAUGCUUUGGUUUUUGCAUAUGGUCGAACGUUACUGAUUGACCGCUGAAAAUUCGUUGAUUGGGAAUUUUCGUGGUUCGAUUGUUCAUUAUCUGAUACAUGACUUCUCGUCUGUUUGUCCCAGAAGCUGCCUGUUCACGAAUUCCGACUGGUUUGCUUUCAGAGAAGACAGAUUCACCGAGCAUCUGAGCGUUUCCGCCAGGGACAGAACCGACGAUGCCGAUGCCAGAAGCGGAGUCGCGGAUGGUGGCGACGGUAGUGACGACGAGGUGGUCAUUGGGGAUGUUGAGGAGGUGGCCAAUCAUCCUAUGGAAUCGACUGGCGGGAGUUUGGGGUCGUCCCUUAACUUGGUCAAAGAAAUUAGCGAAAAUAGAUUCGCCAAUAACGAGGAUCCAGGGAGGUCGGAGAAUGCGAGCUCAUCUGCGGACGCGGCGGGGGCGUUCGGGUUUGAAGCCCAGCAGAGUGAAGACUUGUUUGAUGACCAGCAGCUCCCUGAUUGGGUGGGAUGGCAUCAGCCAUCUGACAUCCAGGUAGAUGAGCCCACCGGCGAUAAGCCCCACAGUUUGAACUCCGCAUAUGCCGACGACGACUCAUACCCACAUUCAGAUGAUGAAUUGCCAAGUGCUUGUGCACCUGAGUUUGGUCAGAUGUUUGGAAAGGCCAACGCGGCGACGCCGGCAUUUGAAGCGGAGAUGAAGCCUGCAGCAGGCGACGAAUCAGAAGCGGCGCCACCGUCAUCAGAUUGCGGGCUCGCCAAUUCGGUGAAGAGGAAGACCCCAAGAGCUGCCGAAUCAGAGGCACCGGGUGGGGACGGGGCCAGGCUCCUGGAGUUGGGCGAGAUAAACUAUUGGCGAGUGGAGCAGGAAGCCGGCGUUGUCAAAGAAUGA